AUGCCUCGUGGUCAGAAGAGUAAGCGCCGUGCUCGUGAGAAACACCACCAGGCCCGAGGCGAGGACCAGGGUCUUGAGGCACAGGCCCCUCCAGCUGGGGAAGAAGAGUCCCCCUCACCUGUGUCUGGGUGUACUCCACCCAGCUCCCCUGCUGCAGGCACUCUCCAGCAGUCUCAGAGAGCCCCAGCCACCAGUUCUCCUGUUGCAACGAUUUCCUGUGCAAGUUCUGGUGAAGGUGCCAAGAGCCAAGGGGAGGAAAGUCCAAGUUCUUCCCACGCUCCGGCCUCCUCGGAGAGCACUGGCAAAGAUCCUCUGACCAGGAAAGUAGGCAUGUUGGUACAGGUUCUGCUGCACAAGUAUAAAAUGAAAGAGCCCAUUACAAAGGCAGAAACGAAUAUUAUCAACAAGAAGUACAAGAAGCACUUCCCUGAGAUCCUCAGGAGAACCACUGAGCGCAUGGAGCUGGUCUUUGACCUUGACCUGAAGGAAGUCGACCCCAGCAAUCACUCUUAUAGCCUUGUCAGCAAACUGGACCUUCCCAACGAAGCGAGUCUGAGCGAUGGCAUGGGCUUUCCCAAGAAUGGGCUCCUGAUGCCUCUCCUAGGUGUGAUUUUCUUGAAUGACAACGGCGCCACCAAGGAGGAAAUGUGGGAAUUCCUGAAUAUGAUGGGCAUCUAUGCUGGGAGGAAGCACUUCAUCUUUGGGGAGCCCAGAAAGCUCAUCACCAAAGUGGUGCAGCAAAAGUACCUGGAGUACCGCCAGGGGCCCGGCAGUGAUCCUCCAUGCGACGAGUUCCUGUGGGGCCCAAGAGCCCACGCUGAGACCACCAAGAUGAAAGUGCUGGAGUUCUGGGCCAAAGUCAAUGAUACGGUCCCGAGUGCCUUCCAGGCCCGGUAUGAGGAGGCUUUGAGAGAUGAGGAAGAACGAGCCCUGGCCAGAGCUGCAGCCAGGGUCCUCUCCAGGGCCACGUCUGGCAUCUCUUCCCAGCGCUAG